GGACGCGAGGCGGGGCUCCCGGGGCAGCGCGCCGCUUUUCGAAUCGGCUGCGGUGGCGGCGGCGCCUCGGCUGUGCCGCGUGCCCCAGAACGGGCAGCCCUCGCAGCGGCCCGCGCGCGGAGGGGACGAAGAAGGUGCCGCUCCUCAGCUCGCCCGACUUCAGGUCACCGUCCUCGGGGCCCUGUCCGACGUGAGCUCCUUUCCCUUCCGUGCCGCUAACGCUGAGCGAGGAGCGGGCCGAGUGCCUGUUGAUCGCAAAAGAAAGAAGAAAGGAAGGGGAGCAAGAAGGAUGGAUGAAGCGGCUGGGGAUUUGAAGCAAGCCCUCCCAAGCGCGUGCGAUACCCUUCAGAUACACGUGGAAGUUCAUCAGAAAUCAAACAGUACGGCAAAGAAAGAAGAUAUCAGGAUGAGUGUCCUAAAACUGUUGAACAGACAUAACAUUGUGUUUGGUGAUUACAAGUGGACGGAAUUUGAUGAUGGCUUCCUUAACAGCCAUGUGCAAUCUGUGUCAAUUGUGGAUACAGAGCUGAAGUUGAAAGAAAGACAGCCUAUUGAUUUGAGCAAAAGCAGUCUUUCCAUUCAUAUAUUUCAUCUGAACGAAGAAGGGCCAAGCAUUGAAAACUUGGAAGAAGAAAAUGAGGAUAUUGUUGCAGCUAACCACUGGGUGCUACCUGCAGCUGAAUUCCAUGGCCUUUGGGAAAGUCUUAUAUAUGACACUGAAGUAAAAUCACAUUUACUUGAUUAUGUCACGACAACAUUACUAUUUUCUGACAGAAACGUCGACAGCAACCUGAUAUCAUGGAACAGAGUUGUUUUGCUGCAUGGCCCUCCUGGAACUGGCAAAACCUCUCUCUGCAAAGCAUUGGCUCAGAAGCUGACGAUACGACUAUCGUACAGGUACAGAUAUGGACAGUUAAUUGAAAUAAACAGCCAUAGUCUUUUCUCUAAAUGGUUUUCUGAGAGUGGCAAGCUUGUAACCAAGAUGUUCCAGAAGAUUCAAGAGUUAAUUGAUGACAAAGAUGCUCUUGUGUUUGUACUGAUCGAUGAGGUGGAGAGCCUCACAGCAGCACGCAGUGCCUUCAAGGCAGGCACAGAGCCUUCAGAUGCUAUUCGUGUAGUGAAUGCUGUUCUGAUGCAAAUAGAUCAGAUCAAAAGGUAUCCCAAUGUGGUUAUCCUGACUACUUCAAAUAUUACAGAGAAAAUUGACAUGGCAUUUGUAGACAGAGCAGACAUAAAGCAAUACAUUGGCCCUCCAUCUGCUGCAGCAAUAUUCAGGAUAUACCUUUCUUGCCUGGAAGAGCUGAUGAAGUGCCAAAUAAUAUAUCCUCGACAGCAUCUCUUGUCACUCAGAGAGUUAGAAAUGAUUGGAUUUGUAGAAAACAAUGUGUCCAGGUUAAGUCUGGUACUAAAGGAAAUCUCAAGAAAAAGUGAAGGUCUUAGUGGCCGGGUCCUCAGAAAACUCCCUUUCCUAGCACAUGCACUUUAUAUCCAAUCCCCCAGUGUUACAAUGACAACGUUUCUUCAGGCUCUUUCACUUGUAGUAGACAAACAAUUUGAAGAAAGAAAAAAACUUGCAGACUGUGUGUGAUAGUUCACUGCUUUAUGCAUUUCUGUAUUGUUACCAUUGAAAAGUACUUAACUUUGCAUACAAACUGCAAUUUCUAUGCAUCUAUAAAACAGAUUGUCAAAACCUUACAAACCCUGGAAUGCUUAACCCAGUUUUUCAAAACAUUUAUUAAUAAACAGUUUUUACAGCACACUGUGCAAUUUCAUUUCAGUGCUGUGAGGCAACUGAAAAUGUUCCUUCUAGGAAGAAUUUUUACAUCACUUGCAGUUAUUAAAAGUGAGCAGGCUUCUGAUCCUCGUGUCUUAACUUUCUAUCCAUAGAUUAGUUUUUAUACUUCUAGUUUCUUUCAAAUUCUUGGAAGCAGUAGAAAUUCAGUAUUUGAUAUGUGUGCAGUAAAUGUACUAAUAAUUACUUCUGAAGUAGUAAUGAACCUAGAAAAGACUUAAAGCACUCAGUGAUAAGCAGAUGUUUUAUGCUGACAUCCUUUCACCCUGAACCUGAAUAUCAAGGCUUGUAAUUUUUUAUUACACCCUAUCCAAGUUUUUAACUCAAGAGAUCACUUGACUGAAUUUCUGUAAUGCUACUUUUUUAUGUUGCUGCAAGCAGACUGAAAAAAAUUCACUGAAAAGUAACUAAAAUAUUCUUCUUCAAAAGGCCAAAGCACAGCAUCAUACCAGACACUGUGAAGAAGAGAUCAACUGCCCUAAGUAAAACCAGGAUACUAACCUAUAAGUCUUAGUGUAACCUUAACCCCAAACCCAAUCUGAACUGUAACCCAAAUCAUACACAUAACUCUAACCCCUAAACAUAAGCCUAACCCUAACAGUAAUCCUAACCCUACUCUUAAACAUAACCCUAAUCUGUACUUCUAACCUUCAAAUCUAAUCCCAAUUCUAAACCCAAGUCCUAACUGUAAAUUUCACACUAAUGAUGAUCCCUAUCUCUGACAGGAAUCCUAAAUGGAACACUAAUCCUGUACAAAACUGUUGGAAAUAUCCAAAUAAUUUUCUAGGAUGGUUUCUCUGAUAAAGCAGAUUUUAUUUGCAAUUGCAAUGGCAGCUUCCUGCAAGCAGGAGAGCCCCGAGAAAACAGCAUUGCAUCUUUUAUCCCCUACUGCCCGCUGCUGCUCUCUUUCUCCCCUGGUUCCUCAUCGGCUGAGUACUGUUCACACUCUUUUGUGACACUUCACUAACCAUACAAACACCAAGUAGACACAGAUCUUGGCUUCUCAAACACACGUGUCUUAAUUGACUUCUAGCAAUUGUUUUCUUAACAAACAUUUUGGUCAUAACUUUUCGGAUGUCAUUUUACAACAUAAACAUAGACAUAGUCUCUCAACUGCUUAAUUACCCCCUAACAUUUGUGCCCCUUCACACUGUUCUUCAUUGUUCUGGUCAUUCAUCUGCCUUUGCAUAGAGAUAAGCUCGGAAGGAGGAUAGAGGGGAGUACCUUGGAGCCUGUUUGUGGCGUCCUAACAUUUCCACAGAGUGAGACAGUUCUGCUUUGUGUAAAGGUCCUGACUCCUUGAAAGUUUGUUCAGCAUACUGUAUUCAUUUUGUUUAGAACAUUCAAAAUCUUUGCUGCUUUGUGAGAAAGUAUUUACUAGGUAAUGUUGUAAUUAUGUUUCUAAAGUAUGUUACUAAUAUGUACGGUAUUCUUACUUUCUACAUCAGCUAUUUCUAAGGAUAUGUAACAGCUUAAUUCUUUAGAUCAAUUUCUCUUUUCAAUGUUUGAUGCAGAAACACCACUUUUAUUUCCCACAAAACCAUAACGCUAAACCAAAACCACAACUCUAAACAUAACCCUAAUUAUAAUUCUAAUCCCAGAAGUUUGUGACAGCCUAACCCAAAAUUGAUAAACAUAAUUCUAACGGUAAAAGCAAAUAAAAACCCUUAAAUUUGAUUAUAGCUCUAAUGUUAAGCUCUAACCAGUAUGUUUAAAACUAGCCCUAAACCUAAAGAUACAUCUAACUUUAAAGAAAAUCCCUAAUAGUAAUACCUAACAAUCUAAGCCUAAAGCUAAUUGUAACUAAUUGUAACUAACUCCAUCUCUAUUUCUAAUGCAAAUCCCUAACAUAAACCAUAGAGGUAGUCUAAACCCUAAUCCUAAAUUUAAACCAAAGGUAAACCCUAAAGCUAACCCAAUGCCCAAAGGUAACCCAAUUACCCAAAGGUAAACCCUAAAGCUAACCCAAUGCCCCAAGCCUAAUCUUAAAACCUAACCACAAUCCUAAACCUAAACAUAACCAAAAGACAAAUACUGAAUCUAACCCUUACCCUAAUCCUUAACCUCUCCCUAAAUGGAACCUGACUGUAAUUCCUUACCCUAAUAAUCCUUAGAUAACUCUAACCCUACUGAAACUUAACACGUGACUCUAGUCCUAACCCACAACUCCAACAUCUAACUCUAAGCAUAACCCUAAUAAUAAUAAAUGUAACCCUGAAAAUAAUAAUAAACCUAGCUAUAAACUAGAACUAACAAGUAACCCUACUGCAAACCUUAACUCUAGCUGUAAUUAUAACCCUAAACCUAAUCCUAACACAGUAACCCAAAUCCUAAGACUGUAACCCAUGACUGUAACCAUUACCUUAACAUGUCAGUGUCCAGCCUUUUGCUCGUUUGGGCCACACUGAAUGACUAGGAGUUGUCUUAGGCUGCAAACACAAAGGUUGCUCCAAAAGUAACAUCUCUCUAUGUUUCCAUAGAACUACAACGGUAUCAAGGAGCACAAUAACAUUGCUUGAUUGAGUAAAAUUGCAGCUACGAAACACUAUUUCUCAGCACAGUCACCACCAUUAGAUAUGCAUUUUUGCCAGCAAUGAACAGCAGGCUGUAUGCUGCACUGCUGCUGUCGCCACUGCUGAAACACACCACCCACCACUCUGCUGUGCUCACAUCUGCUGCUGGUUCCCAUAAACAUUCAGCGAGUAAAAGUCAAUGGGUGCCAAUUUUUCAGCAUGGAGAAAUUCAAUUCUACUCCUUUGCUUCAUCUGCACUUCUGUGUCAGACAUCUUUUUGUCAGUCUGCCCUUCUGCUGCCCUCUGUCACACAGCAACAACGUGGAACGGAAUAUUGGUGGCAAUAAACCCAGUGGUUGCCUCCACCAUGGUGAGCAUGUAACGCUUACCAUCGCAGAUUCAUGGCAAGGUGAUGUAAUCAGCCUGCCACACCUCCCAUAUUUGUACUUUUCCAUCGCCCUUCCCCCCAGAAAGGUUUCAUCCUCUUGGCUUGUUUGAUGAUGGCACAUGUUUCACAGUCAUGGAUAACCUGUGCAAUGGCAUCCAUAGUUAAGUCCACCCCUCGGUCUCCAGCCCACUUGUAUGUUGCAUCACUUCCUUGAUGGCCCGAGGUCUCAUGGACCCACCAAGCUAGAAAUAAUUCACCCUUGUUCUGCCAGUCCAGGUCUAUUUGAGCCACUUCAAUUUUGGCAGCUCCAUCUACCUGAUGGUUAUUUUGUUAUUCAGUAGCCCGACUCUUGGGCCCAUGAGCAUCUGCACCUUUACAACAAUAUUCUUUAUUUGGGCAACAAUGUCUUUCCACAGUUCAGCAGCCCAAAUAGGUUUAUCCCUUUGUUGCCAGUUGUUUUGUUCCCACUGCUGUAACCACCCCCAUGGUGGCCUUCCAGUGCUUGGAGGGAGCGUAGAAAUAGGAGGGGGAACGGCUGUUUGUGAGGGUGGAUGGUGAUAGGACAAGGGGAAUGGUUUUAAACUGAGACGGGGGAGGUUUAGGUUGGAUAUUAGGAGGAAGUUUUUCAGCCAGAGGGUGGUGAGCAGCAAGGUGGAACUAGAUUAGAGCCCCUGUGUUCUGGUUGCUUUCUACUGAAAUAUUCAUUUCACUGUAAGCAAUUUAUAUAUUUGUUACCCUUCCAAAUAAGCAAAGCUGCAUGUAUUUAUCUUGAAUGUUUACUUUUAAAAGCAAUAUUAAUUCAUUUUGGAACUAUCUAGAAACUGAGAUGUGAAUUUAUAUUAUUUUUUUACCUCUAACAACACUUCAUAUCAUUUUUUAUUUUCUGUUACUGCUACUGGUUAAGUAGUUUUGAUCCAUUUCCCUGAGUAGGAUGAUAAAAUAGUAUUUCCUGUGAGAUCUCCAUGCCCAAAGAUGCAGCAGAAGAAGAGAGAAAAACAGAAGAAAAAACCAAAACCAACAAACGAACUUCAUCUAAUAUGUUAGUAUUACACCAGUUGCUGAGGAAGUUAUGUGAAUAUGGUGUUCUUUCUGUUCGUGUGUGAGCAUUCAUGGACCAACUGGUGCAAACUUUGCAAUAUUCCAACAUUGCCACCUUUGCUUCCAGCGCACAGAAGCUGAUACUCAGUUCCAUACUCAGCUUCCAGGCCGUAAUGGACUGACUCACACAGAAGAGCUGAAGGAGCCACUGCUCCUUUUGUGGUGUGACAGCAGUGCACAGCUAUCUGGUGCACAGCUCAUCUUUCUCAUCAUUGCUAGCACUGCUGAAACACACCACCCAGCACCUCGUUGUGCUCACGUCUACUGUUUGGUCUCCAUAAAUGUUCAGCAAGCAGCAAUGAAUGUCAACAGGGGCAAUUUUACCUCAGAAGAAUUCAGCGCUCAAACUAUUUACCGAGUACAAAUAACAGAUCCGAGAUUUUUUUUCAGAAGAGCUGUAUUUUCAUAGCAGCACAUGCAUGCAACUCUGAUCGAAAUACACACAUUUGAAAAUGAGAUUACACUUCAUUGGUCAAUUGUUUACCAGUUGCUGUAAUUUCAUCUCCAGCAGGUGGCAAUACUGCAUCAUGGAAUUCCUAUGACUUACACUGUCUUAAUUGCGCAGUAUUCCUUAAUCUGCUAGUAGUUCACAUGAAAGAAACGCUUGCAGCUUACUAUUACCCUCACCUGGAGCCUUUUAAUUCCUUGCCUGAAGUAUUUUAAACAGAGAAUGUUAUUUAAAACAGACGUGGCAAAUCAUAAACUUCAGGGAAAUACUUUGCAGUAUGCAAAACAUGUAAAUUUGAUUACUUUUAUACAUUUCUAAAUGAAGUUUCCUGAACCAGGGACUAACCCCAUCAGAAGCAACAUAGCAGCAUCUUAGUAGGUGAGGAAGCAAACUUUCCCUUUUAUUUAGAAGCAGAACAAAGAUAAAGAAAACAGAAGUUCCUUGUAUUUCUGUAUGUUUAAAAAUAACACAGCAUUACGAUUUGUUGUUUCAGCACAGAUUAACACAUCAUGGUAUACUAUACACAUCCUAAUCCAGUCAGGAUUUACUAACCCACUACAGAAGUGUUCUCACAGGUCUUCAAAAUAUACUUUUAAAUAUAACGUUUUAGCAGGAAAACAACCACACCUCGAUUUUCAUUUUUCCCAUGUGCUCAAGCUCUUAAAUGAAGCUGCUCCAAUUACAUCAGAUAGACUUUAUACAUUUUGUUCCCUUCAUUCGAAAGAAAAUUAAAAAAAAAAAAAAAGGAAAAAACCCA